AUGAUGGAAACAAUCAGUCCCAGGCUUCAAGAUGAUGACAUUAAGAGCACUGACAGGGAACCCAUUACAGGUGGACUACUCUUCCGCAAAUACCUUCUCAAUCAGUGUCAAGAAGACUUUGAGCGUGGUUGCGUUGGCAUGAAAGCUACGGCUCGUGCAGCGGCAGCCAAAGCCAGUGAUGAAGAAGCUAUCAAGGCAGCCGGCGAGGGCGAGCUCUACUCUGAUGAGGACUACGUGACUCAGCAAGCGAAACGCCAGAGUCUCGGUCUUAUCAAGUUCAUCGGCGAGUUAUUCAAGCUUCAGAUUCUCGCUGAACGUAUCAUGCACGAAUGUGUCAAGAACCUGCUUGGCAAUAUGGAGAACCCCGAGGAGGAAGAGAUCGAAAGCUUGUGUCAGCUGUUGAGAACUGCUGGCCAAUUUAUGGAUGUUCCCAAGGCACAUGCACAUAUGGAUGUGUACUUCCAAAGGAUGAGCGAGCUCUGCGAGAACCCGAACGUUAGUCCUCGUAUGCAGUUCAUGCUUCAGGAUGUGAUUGAACUUCGUGACCGGAAAUGGCAACCUCGUAACGUGGUUAAUGCGCCUACUACGCUUGCCGCAGUGCACGAAGCGGCUGCUCAAGAAACCCAGGCGUUCCAGCGGCAAUUUAGCAUGUCUCGAGGUGGUUCGAAACGAGGUGCCGAGCGCAACGUUGAGCCCUCUCCUGACGGUUGGGCAGUGGCUGGAGGCUCGCAACCUACACCCCCAACCAAAGCAGGCGACCUUUCGCAUUUCGGCAAGAUCAGCAAGGCCGCUCCGAUGGUCAUGGGUCCGAGCAACGUUUUCGCUGGCAAGAAGGAUAUCAAGCGCGAGUCAAUGACACGCACGAACUCGAGCUCUAACAUGUUCUUGAUGCUCAGUCAGAACCCCGAGCUUGCCAUGGAACCCAAACCCAGCCGAGCACCUAGCCGGAAGCCCAGUACGGACUUGGACAAAUCGGAACCUACUCCACAGCGUAAGAAACUUCAACUCCUACCCCGCACGAUCCCCGCCCCUGGUGAAAUUUCGUCGCCCUCAUCAGAGGAAGAACCCGAGGCAGCACCUGCAGCCCAGAUGUCAGAAAAAGAUGCGCAGAAGAAGAUCGAUGAGGACGCUAAGGAAUUCUUUGCUGCCCGCAACCUUGAAGAGGCGGACGCAUACUUCACCGCCCUCACCAAAGAGCAUCGAUUCCGACUGGUUGACAAGCUCGUUUCAACGGCACUGGAAAGCAAGGAAGCUGAUGCUCGUUUGGUCGCUGACUUCUUCUCUCGUCCUGCUUCACAACACGAGUGCUUACCAGAUGCUUUCGAAGCUGGAUUCAUGCCCAUGGCUGAGCUACUAGAUGACAUUGCCAUUGACGCCCCCAAGGCAUUCGAGUACAUGGCAAUCAUGUUGAAAGGGGCUGGAAUUGACAAGGACGAACAGAGAAUGAAGCGAAUUGCUGAGAAGGUGAUGGACGGUGGUGAUAGGUUACUUCAGCUCGUCUCGUCAUGA